UGUCGGCUGGCUCUCCAUGGUUGUAUCUGCGUCCGGUCCGCGGCAGCGGGGUCGAUCGCAGUCAGCCGGAGGUGUGCAGUCUGUGACAGGUUCUGUUGUUAUGGCUGUAUAUGUGGAUCAUCGAACAGAUGCACCCGAUUCCAUUGCCUCCUGUUCCCAUAUAGCCUGGCACCCACUUCAUCCACUCCUGGCAGUUGCUUCCAUCAGCACAGCAGCUGGGGGCUGUGUGGAUAUCUACCUGGAACAGGGAGAACAUGUGCCUGAUUGCCAUAUUGAGAGAAGCUUUCAGGUCACAUUACUUGCCUGGCACCCUUCCAGACCCAUUUUGGCAUCAGGAUGGGAGACAGGAGAAGUUCUGAUACUGAACAAACAAGACAAGGAGCAGCACACUGUACCCCCAAAUCACAGCACCAAAAUCACAGCCCUGAGCUGGAGUACAAGUGGUACCUGCCUUGCAUCUGGGGAUGGAUAUGGUGUCUUGUUUCUGUGGAAAAUGGACCAUCGAGGCAGAGUCCAGGGUCCUGCCCUGGUUAAGCAGGAAUAUGGGAAAUGCUUGUGUCAUUGUGUCUUUCGGCCACCCCUUCCUGGCGAAGACUUUGUGCAGCUGGCAAAAGCAGCUGUGAGUGGUGAUGAGAAAGCCUUGGAUAAGUUUAACUGGGAGAAAGCUGGAAUAGGACCACCUCUGAAAAUGACAGUCCAAGAAGGUCUCUCCUUCUUUAUCACUUUGACAGAUGGUUCUGUGCACUAUGUGAAUGAGAAAGGGAAGUCAAGGCAGGUAUUGUCCACGGACAGUCUGGUCCGAAAGCUCCUGUUGCUAGAGGAGAGAGAUGUUUUACUUGUAAUAACAGAGAAUCUGCAGUUGUCCUUACACUCAGUUUCUCCUGAGGGAGAGGCAGAAGAGCUCCUGAAGGUGAAGUUGAGUGGGAAGACUGGUCAUUCUGCAGACAUGAUUUUAAUAGACCAUAGUCUGGUUGUUACAGCAUUAGGUGAGACAGUCAUCAGGUUCUGGGAUUUGGAUCGAGAUGAGAACUAUGUGCUCUCCCUAGACAUGCAAUUCGGCUUUGAGAGGGGAGAAUGUAUUAACUGUGUGUCUUACUGCAGUGCUAAAGCUAUCUUGGCAGCUGGAACUAGCAAUGGUAGAGUUGCGAUGUGGAAGAAAGCAGCGGGAUCUGAUCAGAUCACAUGGGCUUUGGAGGGCAAGGAGAAGUGGAAGUUCCAGGCAUCUACAGAACUUGAAGGAAAUGUCACUCAGAUAAAGUGGGGAUCCCGAAAAAACCUGCUGGCAGUGAACAACAUCAGCUCUGUGGUGAUCCUCAGUGAGCAGGCCAUGUUGGCACAUUUUCAUCAGCAGGUGGCCGUGGUACAGGUGUCUCCCAACCUCUUCAAUGUGACAAUCUUCAGCGCAGGAAUCACUCACAGCCUUCGUGUUGAUAUGAAUGCUAAUGGAGUCUUUGCUACUAAGGAUGCUGUAGUAUUCUGGAAUGGGAAGCAAGUGGCUGUCUUUGAGUGCUCAGGAGAUGCCUUUAGAAGUGCAGGCUCUUUUCUUUGUGACUCUCCAGUUCUGUCUGUUCAUGGAGAAAAUCUGUACACAGUGGAACCGUAUCGGAUCCAGGUCCGCACCUGGCAGGGCACAGUUAAACAGUUGCUGGUGUUCUCCGAAGCAGAGGGGAAUCCUUGCCUCCUGGAUAUCUGUGGGAAUUUCCUGGCUGUGGGAACUGAUCUGACUCAGUUGAAAAUCUUUGAUCUCUCACGCAGGGAGGCAAAAGUGCACUGCAACAGCAAGAGUUUAUCCAAGCUGCUCCCUGGCUGCAGAGAUAUUGUGUCUGUGAAGUGCAAUGCUAAUGGCAGCAAAGUCAGCAUCCUUGUCAGCAGGGCAGAUGGGAACAUCGAUUCCAAGAUCUGUUUCUAUGAUGUUGAAAUGGACCAAGUUACGCUCUUUGAUUUCAAGGCUGAACAGGGACAUGGUAGAGAGAACCUUUCUGCUGGACAAGGCAUUGGCAAGUUUGUAGUGGAGUAUCCAGAGUUGCACAGUUACAUCCCUGCUCGCCAUUUUUGGGACCAGAGUGAACCAAGACUUUUUGUAUGUGAAGCAAUUCCUGAAACAGGCUUCCAACCUCCUGACCAAAAGGAAAACCAGACUGAGGGCACAGUGGAUGUUUGGAUUAUAUCCUUCUUCAGCACUGAAGAGCAUGGCCUUUUGCUGCAAGACAGCUUUCCAUUGCCUUCAUCCUACCAGGUUCUUCUGGGCAUAGAGGUGCCACAUUAUUACUUUGCAAAAAAGCUGGGAGAAGCUGAGAAGGGAGCAUCAGAGUCUGGCUCAGGAACAGUCUCUCAGAUGGUUGCAAGAAGACCCAUGAGAGAUUUCAUUGGACUGGGGGACUGUGAUAGCACCACCCAGGAUGCCAUGCUGAACUUCAGCUACUAUCUGACUGCUGGAGACAUGGAUGAGGCCUUCAAAUCCAUCAAGCUCAUAAAAAGUGAGGCUGUCUGGGAGAACAUGGCUCGCAUGUGUGUGAAGACUCAGAGGCUUGAUGUUGCCAAAAUUUGCCUGGGGCACAUGGGUCAUGCAAGAGGAGCCAAGGCACUGCGGGAGGCUGAGCAAGAACCAGAGCAGAAGGCCAGGGUGGCUGUGCUGGCCAUCCAGCUGGGCAUGCUGGAGGAUGCAGAGCGGCUGUACAAGGCUUGCAAACGAUAUGACCUCUUGAACAAGUUCUACCAGGCCUCCAACCAGUGGCAGAAAGCCAUCGAAACGGCUGAGGCUCAUGACCGGGUUCACCUGCGCACCACCCACUACAACUACGCGAAGCACCUGGAGGCAACCGGGCAGCAGUGCCUGGCACUCACCCACUAUGAAGAGUCAGACACACACAGGUUCGAGGUACCUCGAAUGCUCUCUGAAGACUUACAAGCCCUGGAGAACUACAUCAACAAGAUGAAAGACAAGAGCCUGUGGAAGUGGUGGGCACAGUACUUGGAGAGCCAGUCAGACAUGGAAUCUGCAUUAAAAUACUAUGCACUGGCUCAGGAUUAUUUUUCCCUAGUCCGUGUCCACUGCUUUCAAGGCAACAUUCAAAAGGCUGCUGAAAUAGCAAAUGAAACGGGGAAUGGGGCAGCCUCCUAUCACCUGGCACGCCAGUACGAGAGUCAGGAGGACAUCAAGCAGGCUGUGCACUUCUACAGCCGGGCCCAGGCGUUCAACAACGCCAUCCGCUUGUGCAAGGCGAAUAAUUUAGAUGAUCAGCUGAUGAACCUGGCUCUCCUGAGCUCACCAGAAGACAUGAUAGAGGCAGCCUGCUAUUAUGAGGAAAAGGGGGAUCAAAUGGACAGAGCUGUUAUGUUAUACCACAAGGCAGGGCACUUCUCCAAAGCCCUGGAGCUGGCCUUUGCCACACAGCAGUUUGGGGCCCUACAGCUCAUUGCUGAAGACCUGGAUGAGAAGUCUGACCCAGCCCUGCUCGCCCGCUGCUCUGGGUUCUUCAUUGAACAUGCUCAGUAUGAGAAGGCAAUGGAGCUGCUGCUCACGGCCAAGAAGUACCAUGAAGCUCUCCAGCUGUGCCUUGAGCAGAAUCUGACCAUCACUGAGGAGCUGGCUGAGAAGAUGACAGUCUCCAAGGAGUCCCAGGAUCUCUCAGAGGAGUCCCGGAGGGAGCUGCUGGAGCAAAUUGCCGACUGCUGCAUGAGACAAGGCAACUACCACAUGGCCACCAAGAAAUACACACAAGCAGGAAACAAGUUAAAGGCUAUGAGGGCAUUGCUGAAAUCUGGAGAUACUGAGAAAAUUAUCUUCUUUGCGGGAGUUUCCAGACAGAGAGAGAUUUAUAUCAUGGCAGCCAACUACCUGCAGUCACUGGACUGGCGUAAGGAUGCAAAGAUUAUUGCAAAUAUCAUCAGCUUCUACACCAAAGGAGGGGCCCUUGAUCUCCUGGCAGGUUUCUAUGAUGCAUGUGCUCAGGUAGAGAUCGAUGAGUAUCAGAAUUAUGAAAAAGCCCACAGAGCACUGACAGAAGCAUACAAGUGCCUUUCCAAAGCAAAGGCCAGAAGCCCUGUGGAACAGGAAAGCAAACUCAGACACCUGCAGAGCAGGAUGAGUCUGAUGAAGCGGUUCAUCCAUGCUCAGAGAGUUUACCCUGAAGACACUGAAGAAGCAGUCAGGCAGUGUGAACUGCUCCUGGCUGAACAGGACUUUGACGAUGCCAUCCGGUAUGGCGAUGUCCUGGGAUUUUUGGUUCAGCAUUAUGCACAAGUGGAGGAAUUCCAUACAGCUUAUCGCUACCUGGAAGAGAUGCAGAAGAGAAUUCCAGCCUCAAAUCUGAGCUACUAUGUGUCCCCACAGACCAUGGAGACCGUGCACCAAGGAGCUGGCAUUCCCAUGAGCCAAGCCCUGUCCCCAACACACACUGGCCAUGGUAGCACAGACAACAAGGAGGAGGAAGAAGUGGCUGAUGAAGUGGAGGACCCCUGACAAUGAGCACUUACCAAAUGCAAAGCUGACUUUAUUGACAGCUCAUUUAUUCCAUCCUCAUUAGGGGGCUCAGAUCAGUCAUAUGCUGUUGCCACACAGCUUUUUGGUUAUUACCAAGAAUUUAUUUUUCCUGCUUGA